AAACGAAGAGACAGAGAGAGACCAACGGCGACCACGAGAAGUCGCCAGUUACUCGGGUAAAGUAACAAAGCGAUGCGUUUGAUUUGUGCGGUGGUAAAAGCGGGCUGAAACGUGCUGAAACGAAAGGUUUCGUCGGCGUGGAAAAACCACCAACCAUGGAAAACGAACGGAUAACUACCUAAAACAGAUGAAGCAAAGCAAUGAACCAAACACCAAGUCUCCUGGAGAGGUUGUCACCACGUCCAAUGGUAUGUCCUUUAAUUCGUUUAGGUAGAAAUUCUCCUCCCCCGCCGACAGAACAAUCAUCACAACAAUCUGAUCGACCGUUUCACGCGUCGUACAUGAGCUACUAUGAGAGCGCGAGUCCGAAUCGUACCUACUUGGAUAGUGAGUACCCGCAAAAUUACCGAGCCGCGCCUCAUCAACAACUUCCGGGGAAGUAUCCGAAGGCGGCGAAUCUUGAUCUGUCGUUGUUAUCUCUCGGAGCGAGCUAUUGGGAACACGAAAACUAUUCGAAGUUGGAAACAAGCCAGUCAGACUCGAAUUCAAGUCCGGAAUAUCAGCAAGAAACGAAUUAUUUGUUGGAUAAUUUUGCGAAACUUGGUAAAAGCAGCCCUAGUCUGGACCAGGGUUAUCACACUUUGGUUUCGCCGAGUCCGGGGUUGUCCACACCCGGACAUUGGAAAGUUAAGAAACUUCAAGCAAAAAAUAAUUCGUUCGAUCGACUACCAGAUGAUCUUAUCGUCCGGGUGUUUUCUUUCUUAACCAGUUCAGAUCUUAGCGUUUGUGCUAGAGUCUGUCGUCGAUUUGACGCAUUGGUUUGGACGCCAACGUUAUGGCGCACCAUUUUAUUAGAAGGCGAAACCAUCAGUGGCGAUCGUGCAAUUCGCGGGGUACUUCGACAAUUAUGCGGACAAGGAAGAACGGGAGCUUGCCCCAGCAUCGAAAAAGUUUAUUUAGCUAACGGUGCCAAAAUCACCGAUAGAGGAUUAUCAUUAUUAGCAAAACGUUGUCCCGAAUUAACUCAUUUAAAAAUACAAGGAAGCACCAGCGUUACAAACGGAGUAUUCUUUGAAAUUCUUGCCAGAUGUACGAAUUUACAACAUUUAGAUAUUACCGGAUGUGUUCAAAUUACUUGUGCCAAUCCGAGUCCGUCAUCCGAACCACUCAGAAGACUGCAAUUGCAAUAUUUAGAUUUAACGGAUUGUCCGGCACUUUAUGAUAACGGACUUCGUGUUAUAGUUAGGAAUUGUCCACAAUUAUCUUAUUUAUAUUUAAGAAGGUGCAUACAAAUAACAGAUGCGGGUUUAAAAUUUGUGCCAAGUUUCUGUUCUGGUUUACGCGAAUUAAGCGUAAGCGAUUGUUCAAACAUAACCGAUUUCGGUUUAUACGAAUUGGCUAAAUUAGGAGCAACACUUCGAUAUCUUUCGGUAGCGAAAUGUGACCGAGUAAGCGACGCCGGAUUGAAAGUGAUCGCAAGACGUUGCUACAAAUUACGUUAUUUAAACGUGAGGGGUUGCGAGGCGGUUUCGGACGAUGCCAUAACAGUGUUGGCGCGAUCUUGUACGCGAUUGCGAGCGCUCGACAUUGGAAAGUGUGAUGUAAGCGAUGCUGGACUGAGAGCGUUGGCUGAAAGUUGUCCUAAUUUGAAAAAGCUUAGUUUGAGAAAUUGCGAUUUGGUCACGGACCGUGGAGUGCAGUGUGUCGCGUAUUAUUGUCGAGGUUUACAACAACUUAAUAUACAAGACUGUCAGAUUUCGUUGGAAGGAUAUCGGGCUGUUAAAAAAUAUUGUAAAAGAUGUGUUAUUGAACAUACAAAUCCCGGGUUUUUUUAACAACUCGAUGUGUAUGUAAAAAAUAUUAAUCGUGACCUAUAUUUUUUUAUAUAUAUAUUCUACAUAAUCCUUUUAAUUGUAAUAUAACCGAAUUUUUGAGCCUAUUGUUUUUUUAUAGGCUGAGGAUUUAUCUAUUACAGGUUUUAUAUCGCGUAUAUUAUUUGUAAUUUAUAAAAAGAAAGGAAUUGUUAAGUAUUUAUUUUUUUU